ACUACAGUGAAUAAAUUAAAAAACAAUUAAUUAAUAUGAUAAUACCUAUAACCAUAAUAAUCUAUAAGAGCUAUAAUAAAAUUAAAAUAUAAAUAAUAGGUAAAAAUGUACCUAUAGUCAUAAUAUAUUAUACUAUAGGUAAAAUGACACACAGCUAUGUCAUUUUGCCUGAUACCAUACAAGUUUUUUUCAAAGUUUUUAUGGUAAAAGUAUUAUAAUAAGCGUAAUUAUAAAAUAAUAGUAGUAUAGCUUACCUUUUUAUGUUCAACUUCUAGCAAAAAAAAAUGAAGGAACAUAAAAAUUUGUAUUUUUAUAUUAAUUUUUAAAAAUGAUAAAAAAAAAAGUUGAUAAGACACAAAACACAUUUUUGUAAACAAAUUCUCUGAUAAGAUCAAAACAUGUGGUCACUGUAUACAAUCAUAAGUAGGAGGUUAUAUGUCAAGUAUUUAAAGAGUCUUUGGUUCCUAAAUGUCAAUAAUUCUAAUCAAAACAUCAAUGUGUCAUAUUACCCUAAUAUGUCAUAUUAAGCCAGUCUCCCCUAUUACACCUAGUAGAUGGAUAUGGUGCCAUGACUCCAUCUGAAGAUAGCGGUUACUCGUCUAACCGCCAUUCACAGUUGGAUAAUUGGCAUCAGGCUUUUUCUCAACCUCAAAAUGUUUCACCGGAUAUUUUCGCCCCUUCUCCAUCAUCACCACCAGCGCUACGCGUGUGGGUAAGAAAUGACCUAUUUCGGGCAAACCAGCCACGAAGACUUAACCCGAUAAAUUUAAAUAAUAUUUUUAUGGCCGGGGAAAUUAUUCCGUUAAGUCAACGGUCAAUAAAUCGUACCCCAACAGGCUCUGAUUGGGGUGAAGAUGGAGACGAAGAUGAGUUAAAUCGUCAUAUGGAUGUAUACGAGAGAGGAUGGAGUGAUGACGGUUAUAAUGUUGAACUUAAUAAGGCUAUGGAUGAGUAUGAAGGUUGA